AAUUCCGUCUCCCCCACAAUUCUUCCUUUUUGGUAUCCGCUACGAUCAGGCAAUCGGCUAAUCCUACAGGCUGCUACCAUUAUUCUCCGUCGAUUCCCUCUCCUAAUUCGUCAUUUUGUGUCGCCACGUUCAUUAAUUCUUUUCCCUCUCUUCUUCAAUCUUCAUUUCCCAUUUUACCAUUUUACAUUUCCUUCUCCGAUCUGGUUUACCAUCUAGAUUUCAAGUUCUUCCACUUGGGUUGACUCUCUUUCUCUCUCUUAAUUACUCUACUCUUUCCUUCUUAUUCAAUGUCUUCUUUUUUUUCUUACCCAGCUAUAUCUCCAUUGCCAUAAUCCUGUUCACUUUCUUCUUGCCGUUUUCCCCUUCUCAGUUCGUUCACCUCCAUUUCAAUCCCAUUUUCCCUUUCCACUUUUUUCAAGUCUUUCUCGCUUCUACAUACAAAAACUCACCAUUUUCACCUACCCUUUUCCCCACCUCCUCAUUCCCCCAUUGCAUUUUCUUUGUAUACUCUCUCUCUCCCCCUUGAAUUGGCUUUUUGUCUGGUCUUUAUCUUGCAUUUUCGUCUCCCAUUCCUUAAUUUGUUACUGACCCUUUAAGCCUCCUACCCCUUUUGUUAUAAUCUUCUUUCUCCCUCCACAGAAUCUGGUACUGGAGCGUCUGGUUUGUUUCAGGUUGAUAUCGGGCUAUCUAUGCUUGCUGCGUUUCUGUUGGUUAAAAUAGAAGCCCUUUCUCUGCUUCUGUGGGAUCUUAAAGAGGAAGAUCAAGGGGGUUAGGCUAGAUCUGUUGAAAGGUGGAUGAAUGCUUUCUAAUUUGAACCACUUUCCUCUAUUUUCUUUAAUUUAUUCACAUUUCUCUUUUAUGUCUUUUACUUGAAUCAUAAGUGAUGCCUUCUACAAAUUUUGUGCCUUUUUGUUCAAUAGAUUUACACCUUUUGAUUUCACUAUUGGUGGUUCAUUACUAUGGGUUUUCUUCUAUAGUGGGGCAUUGGAUUUAUCUUGCUUUCUUAGUCAUCAUGACUUGUACAUAAGAGUAUCAGAUGGGUUUUGUUUGGAAAGAACAGAAUCCAGUUGAAUGCCCAAUGAAGAUGUAAAGUAUCUUCCUUAACCGUCUUAUUUUCCCUUCUUCUUUGUUUUAUUAACUGGAUUUUUGCAACAUAGUUUAAGGAUUUGUGAAGGAAAUUGCAAUCUUUCAUGGAUUUUUCUUGUUUUGUAAUUUUUGUUUUCAAUGACUGUCUAACUGUGAAGAAACUUGAGUAAUCUGUGUUACUGAUACUAAGUUCUCUCAGGAAUCUCUUACCUAUAAUUUGAAACUGCAUGAUGCUUUUUUAUCUAAUUAUCAGGUUAAAAUGUCUUGAUUUAUCUGCGGCUGGAACUUAGGGGGCCGAGUCAGUUCAUAGUUUUGGCAUCUUGAGGAUCAGCCGUCGACCAUGUCAUCUGGAAGUAGCAGUACUUUGAAUACAGAAUUGUCAAAGAAAACACCCUUCCUUGGUUUGUCCCUAUGGGUUUUGAUCUGCUUAUGUGUUGGUGCAUUUAUUGUUUUGAUUCUUGGUAUCUUAUCUGUAUGGGUGAUGUUUCGAAGAAAAACAAGGAGAUCCCCAGAAAACUUCUCUACUUCUCAAAUACCAAAUAUCUCGAAGGAUAUUAAGGUGGACAGAAUCGCUACUCAAUCCGCCCACCACAAUCAUCUUGAGAGCCUUUAUAUUUCUAUUAAUGAUAAAUCAAGUGAGAAGAACUCAGAGAAGAUGAUUGGUCAUUUGGGUAUGAGCAAGUCUAGUGAUCCUGAUAACAUAAGCCAAUGCAGCUCCAAUUAUCAUCAUGAAAGAGUUUUCAGCUCACAUUCAGGAGAAGAAGGAAGCUCUGGUACUGUUAGAAAACAGUCUUCAAUGUCAUAUGGAGGGUAUGGAGGCCUUGUGACUGCCUCUCCUCUCGUUGGCUUGCCUGAAAUUUCACAUCUUGGUUGGGGUCACUGGUUUACACUCAGGGAUCUAGAAUUUGCCACAAAUCGUUUUGCUGCAGACAAUGUGCUUGGUGAAGGGGGUUAUGGGGUUGUCUAUAAAGGCAGACUGAUAAAUGGAACUGAGGUUGCUGUGAAGAAACUUCUCAAUAAUCUGGGACAAGCAGAGAAAGAAUUUAGAGUUGAAGUGGAGGCCAUUGGUCAUGUAAGACACAAGAAUCUCGUACGGCUCCUUGGCUAUUGCAUAGAAGGAGUUCAUAGGAUGCUGGUCUAUGAAUAUGUGAACAAUGGGAACUUAGAGCAAUGGUUACAUGGGGCUAUGCGACAACAUGGCACCUUGACUUGGGAGGCCCGAAUGAAGGUGCUUCUUGGCACUGCCAAGGCGCUAGCAUAUUUACAUGAAGCAAUUGAACCAAAGGUUGUUCACAGAGACAUAAAAUCGAGCAAUAUCUUAAUUGAUGACGAAUUUAAUGCAAAGGUUUCAGAUUUUGGAUUGGCCAAACUUUUGGAUGCAGGAGAGAGUCACAUCACGACUAGAGUGAUGGGAACAUUUGGGUAUGUGGCGCCAGAAUAUGCUAACACUGGCUUGUUAAAUGAGAAGAGCGACAUUUAUAGCUUUGGUGUUCUCCUUCUAGAAGCAAUCACAGGAAGGGAUCCGGUGGACUAUGGCCGUCCUGCUAAUGAGGUUAAUCUUGUUGAGUGGUUAAAAGUGAUGGUUGGCACAAGGAGAGCUGAGGAAGUUAUUGACCCAAGUCUUGAAACUAAACCCAGUACUCGAGCUUUGAAACGGGCCCUUCUGAUUGCACUUAGGUGUGUGGAUCCUGAGGCAGAUAAGAGACCAAAAAUGACCCAAGUUGUUAGGAUGCUGGAAGCUGAUGACUACCCAUCUCGUGAGGAUCGGCGGAGCCAAAAGAGCAGCACAGCAAACUCAGAGAUUGAAUCCAGUCAAGGCGAGAUUGGAAGUAAACCAGGGGAAUCACAAAGCAAACCAGUAAACGCAUGAGUGAGUUGAAAUACAAUCUCUUCCUCUUGUCAUGGCUAGCAUGGAGUAAAAAGCUUUUGAAAAAAGGAUUGAAAUUGGGUUGGAGAAUUUUUCCAAUGUGAAGAAUGAGCAGUUGGAUGGUUGAUUGUUCAUUUGUUUCAUAGUACAUAUCACUGAACUGGGGAGUGAAAAAGGUGAGUGCCCUUUUAGAUAUAAGAUAAAAAUUAAUACAGAGAGAGAAAUGUUUUGGCAGACAAUGGUUAAGGCCACUUGAUCUAUCAUCUCCUCCUUCACUUGAUUGUAAUUUCUUCCCCCAUCCCCUCUUUUUUGAGAGAAGAUAACUCUCUCCCUCUCUCUUUUUCUUUUUUAAAUUGUUGGUUCACUUACCAUUUGUUAUUAUAAUUAUUAUUCUUUUUUUUUUUUUUUUUGGAAAAAAAUUGUUUUGAAUUCUCUAUGUUAAACGAAGGCAUCAGAAUGUUGAAGCAACAACCGGUACCUUUUUGGGUGGCUUUUUUCUUUCUUUCUUACUUUCCUUUUUUUGGAUGGGUGUGGGGCAUUGCUUUUUGUUGGCAUACUUGCAGUAGAAUAAAGCUUUCUUCAUUGGGCUCCUUUUUAUUUA